AUGAAAAAAUAACAAAGUCCUGAGAUGUACUUAAUAAAGAAUGAUCAAUUUUGGCAUUGUUAAUUUAUAUCAUUAAAACCAAUAACAAUACAAAUUCGAAAUGGAUAAUUGAAUGGUAACAUAGAAUAACAAGAGACUAUAGAAAUCUCAUUAACUAAGUUCCCAACAAUGGAAAGAGGUAUAGAAGUGAUGAGUGAUUAAAUCUAGUAAAAAUUAUCAAAGGGAUUUCGUGAGAUCAAUAGUAAUGAUAUAUUGAAAGCAAAUGAAUAAUAAGAAAAAAUGAUUGUUAGUUCUAAAAAAGAUUUAAUGCAAUAAAAGAUUUUAAAGAAGGUGAAUUUACCAGAAUAAAGGAAACCAGUUGUAGCAUUGACAGAUGAUGCUACUUCAGGAAAAUUAGUAGGAGAAUGGCCAAAAUAUAGAGCCAGAACUCAUUUGGGAGAAACAUUAGAUCUGGGUCCUCCUGGUGAUACAAAACCUAUUGCUUGUUUAUUGGCUGGAUAAUGGAAUGAGAAUAUUAAUCCAACAAAUUAUUUAUUAUCUGAAAAAUUAGAUGGUAUGCGUAUAAUUUGGAGUGGAUGUGAAAUGUUUACUAGAAAUGGUAAUUCAUUAAAUUUUCCUACAUCAUUUGUUGAAGGAUGGCCAACUACUUAUUUAGAUGGAGAAUUAUGGCUUGAUAGAGGAUAAUUUUAAAAAUUAGUUAGCAUAGCUAAAAAGAAAUAACCUGAUUAUAAAGCUUGGAAAGAUAUCAAAUUUAUGGUUUUUGAUGCACCUUUGUUAGAUGAACCUUUUGUUAAUAGAUAUGCUAAAUUUAAGAAGGCUAUUGAAAAAAUAAAGAAUCCUCAUUUAGUUUAUGUUCCACAUGUUGUAUGUAGAGGUUAUGAACAUUUAAAAGAAGAAUUAAUAUUAGCUUAAUAGGCAGGAGGAGAAGGAUUAAUGUUGAGAGAUCCAUAAUCUUUAUAUGAAGGAAAAAGAUCAAAUACAUUAUUAAAAGUUAAAACAACUAUGGACUCAGAGGCAACAGUAAUUGAUCACAUAAGUGGUAUGGGUAAAUUUAAGGAUUAAUUGGGAGCAUUAAAAGUGUAAACAGAUGCAGGAAUAAUAUUUUAAAUAGGAGUUGGAUUCAAUAGUAAAUUAAGAAAAGAUCCUCCAAAAAUAGGUUCUAGAGUAUCUUAUAGUUAUUAUGGAUUAACAGAUGAUGGAAAACCAAGAUUUCCUGUAUUUGAAAGAAUUAGGGAAGAUAUAUGA